ACCAUCCGGCUACAAGAUGAUCCAGCGGGCGCUGAUUUUAUUCUCAUUAUUUAUGUGUAAUGUGGUGGAAGCGAAGCAGAAAGAUUUCUACACGUUUAAGGUGGUGAACAGCAGAGGAAAGUUAGUUUCUUUGGAGAACUAUCGGGGUUCGGUAUCGUUGGUGGUAAACGUAGCCAGCGAGUGUGGUUUUACCGAAGAACAUUAUAAAGACCUGCAGCAGCUCCAGCGGGAUCUCGGCCCGUACCAUUUCAACGUUCUGGCUUUCCCUUGUAACCAGUUCGGCCAGCAGGAACCCGGGAGCGACAGAGAUAUCGACAGCUUCGUGCGGCGAGUCUACGGCGUCUCGUUCCCUCUGUUCAGCAAGAUCGCCGUGGUGGGAACGGGCGCCAACAAUGCCUUCAAAUACCUGACAGAGUCUACCGGGAAGGAACCGGACUGGAAUUUCUGGAAGUAUCUGGUCGACGUGGAGGGUAAAGUGGUGGGCGCCUGGGGUCCUAAAGUUUCCGUGAAGGAGAUCCGGCCGAAGAUCACCGAGAUGGUGCGACAGCUCAUCCUCAAACGCAAGGAGGAACUGUAGGGAUAUAACGACAAGAACCGCAUGAUUGAGGAGGACGUGUCCUCGGCGACAUAUCUGUGGAUCUGCACUGGUAUUUUUUUUAAUUGGAAACUGAAAAUCACUUGGAUAAUCACAGAGAGAUCGUAAAUACAGGAGAAGAUGCAUUUCGGCCUCCAGCAGGUUCUAGCAUGUGUGUAAUGGCAGGAUAUAGAUUUUUAUAGCAGUCCAGAGUAUUAUUGUUUUUAUGUACCUGCACUGGUAGACGGGGUGCUAAUACAUAGCACAGAGCAACAGAUGAGGUACAGUCAGUAAGUGUCCACCUGCAAGCGUAGCUACUAGAUCAAUGUGUCUUAAUUAUUUGGACAGUCAGUUUUUACUUACUUUUGUAUUAUUAAAGUGGUGCUCUGAACGUG